AUGUCGAGACGGGGAAGAACUCCUACUCCUAUCAAUGCUACUGCUGAUCUCGUACAGGCUCUUCGAGAAAUUUCUCUGGUGCUGCAGGGGCAGCAAGAGCAACAUGUUGACCAAGCUGUUAGGCCGCGUGUGGGUAUGAAUGAUUUCUUGCAGUACAAUCCUGUCAAGUUCAAUGGGAAGGCCACUCCAGAUGAGGCAGACGACUGGAUCUGUUGUAAUGAGAAGAUUUUCGAUGCGAUUGACUAUUCUGAGGCUCAGAAGCUUGUUUUUGCUACUUACAUGUUAGCUGGGGUGGCAGAAUACUGGUGGCGCGGUCUUCGGAUGGGGAUGGAUGCUAGGGGAGAAGUCGCCAUUUGGGAGGACUUCAGAUUCAAAUUCUUGGAGAGGUACUUUCCUGUCAAUGCAAAAAUGGAGCGAGAGGCUGAAUUCUUGACCUUGCAACAAGGGAAUAUGUCAGUGCAGGCUUACAAGGAGAGGUUCGAAUAUUUUGCUCGAUUCUAUACUCAGAAUGUGAGCGAGGAAUGGAAGUGUAGAAAUUUUGAGAGAGGCUUGCGCCACAAUCUUCCUAAAGCCCUGGUCCUUUUGAAAAUUAAUCAUUUUCCUGAGCUAGUGGAGCAGGCUAAAGUGGUGGAAGGAAUGGAAGAAAAAGGACGAGUAAUGAGAAUUGAGAAAGGAAGUUCCUCCAGAGGAAAGCCUCAAAAGAAGCCUUAUGAGAGACCAGCACCGUUCAGUUUGGGGAUCCUGACAUGCUUUGAGUGUGGUGGAAAUCAUCUUAGAAGGAACUAUCCCAAGCUUGUGGACGUCAAAAAGGAAGUGAGGGUAUGUUUCACAUGCAAUAAGCCAGGACACAUUUCUCGUGAUUGUCCCCAAAGGAAGACAUCCGGUGGAGUGCCUCAGAAAACUGUCAAUGUUGGAAAGCCGCAAGCGUCAGGCAGGGUUUUUGCUAUGUCAGGGGCUGAAGCUGAGAAGUCAGGUAAUUUGAUACUUGAUGCUUGUUCUUUGUUUGACAAAACUGUGAUUGUUUUGUUUGAUUCGGGUGCAACACACUCGUUUAUUUCUUUGUUAUGUGUGGAGAAUCUUGGUCUCUCUAUGUUUGAUUUGGGGUGUGAGCUUAUAGUCUCCACUCCAGCAUCCGGACAAGUUUCAACCAGUUCAGUCUGUGUUGGGUGUCCGAUUGAAGUGGAAGGACGCAAGUCCAAGGUCAACUUGGUGUGCCUACCGCUUGAGGGUUUGGAUGUGAUCUUGGGAAUGGAUUGGUUAGCUGAUAAUCGUGUGCUGAUCGACUAUGGACAUCAGAAGGUGAUUUUCUAA